UGAAGCUGUGGCACGAGCUUGUGAGUCCUCGAGAAGCGGCACAGUGAGCCCAUAUCAAAAAACAAUCCUUGGCUCGAUACCCAUUUUCUUGGAAGGAAAUCAACUCGACUACUAUCUUCUCUGAUAAGCCUAACUGGUUCUGAUAGCAUCAUACCUGCUCCUUAUCACGGAAACUGAAAACCAUUAUCUGUUCUACUCUCUAUCGCCAUUCAUAAACUGUCCUCUACGCAUCAUCUCUUGCGACCCACUUUGCCUUACUGUCAACCCUUCUUCCUACCUUCCCAAUACCCUUUACAGCAAUGACUUCGAAAGACGAGAAAUCUGUUGUUAGUGCUGUCGAGCUUAACGUUGAGCGGGAUGUGCGCUUUCGUGGCUAUGAUCCUGCUCUCGUUUCUGAGAAGUCUGACGCCCAAUUUCGGACUGAUUCCAUCAAGUCUGAUAACCACUCGGUUGAUCCGCUUCAUCGUGAAAAGAUCGUUUCGCGACUUCGAUUGAUGAACAAUGUUGGCGACACCGGCGACGAGGAUGCACUGGCUGAUCGUGCUUCGCACUUCUUAUACGACCGCAUGCUCGAAACUUCGCUCGAAGAAGCUCUCGAGAUUCUGAGGAAUGUUCUUGUCGUCCAUUAUGGAGAUGUCAAUUUUGAGCAAGAAACCUAUGAGAAGAUCAAGCUUCUUGUUGCGGGUCAGGAUGCGUACGGGACAGACCUCGAGACGUACGAACUUGACACUCGUCUCGAAGCUGUUGUGAUUCAUUAUCACUCGCCAUACCCCGAGGUUCGUGCCGUCACCGAUCCGUUCGACGACCCUACGAUCGCAGUCGAGACUAUUCGCGCGUAUGUUAUUGGGACUCUUUGGGUUGCCAUUGGGAGCUUCAUCAACGAGUUCUUCAUCUUUCGUCAGCCUGCCCUCAAGUUGCCGUCUACCGUUAUCCAGCUUCUGCUAUUUCCUUCUGGGAAACUGUCUCAGCUGCUUCCAGACUGGGGCUUCACGUUCAGAGGAACGCGCUACUCUCUCAACCCGGGCCCUUGGACUUUGAAAGAGCAGAUGCUUGCAACGAUUAUGGUCAACGUUGGUUCCCAAAGCUCUAAUUGGAUGAGCAUGGUUGUCGCACUGAAGCACGAACGUUUCUUUGGCUACAAAUGGGUCUCCUUUGGUUUCGCGUGGACUAUGAACUUUGCUAGUCUGUUUUUCGGAUACGGUCUGGCUGGAAUGAUGCGCAAGCUGGUUAUCUUUCCUGUCAAGGCGGUUUUCCCAAACAUCUUGCCUACCCUUGCGCUGAGCCGGGCAUUGGUUGUCAAAGAGACCAAAACUUCGAUCAACGGUUGGACGAUCACAAGACAGAAGUUUUUUUAUAUUGUGUUCAUUACGUCUCUGCUCUACUUUUUUAUCCCAUCGUUUCUGUUCAAGUCACUCAGCGUCUUCAACUGGAUGACAUGGAUAGCGCCCCGCAGCAAACUGCUGGCAAUGGCUACUGGCUCUUACUUGGGCCUUGGGGUCAACCCUCUUCCGACAUUCGAUUGGUCAGUGAUCAACUAUGGCAGCCCUUUGGUCUAUCCUUUCUUUGCGUUUAUGAACAAGUUUUUGGGAAUUCUCAUCACGGGAAUUAUUAUGGUCAUUCUGUACUGGACGAAUCACCGCUGGACUGCAUAUUUGCCUAUGAACGUCAACACUGUUUACGACUCCCAGGGAAACACCUACAAUCUGUCAAAAAUCUUGGACUCAAACAAUAAGUUCUCUCAAGAACUUUAUGAGAGCUACUCUGCGCCUUACAUCUCGUCUGGCCAUGUUGUGGGCACCGGAGGGCUGUGGGCUGUGUACACAUGCACGUUUGUGUACGUCUGCAUCUCGGAAUACAAGCUGCUCUGGGAGUCUUUGAAGAUGAUGUGGACUUCACUCCGUCAUCCACGCCGCGCAGCACUGCAGGACUUUGACGACCCUCAUUCGAAGAUGAUGUCCUCAUAUGAUGAAGUCCCCGAUUGGUGGUAUAUCGUUAUCUUUAUCAUUGGCGUUGGUACCGGAUUUGCUGCCAUUUUUGGUUGGCCGACCACUGUUCCGAUAUGGACCGUUAUCGCGAUUUUCCUUUUCAAUAUCGGAAUGCUUAUGCCUACUCUUGUCGUGCUGUCAAGAAGCGGUGUAUCUAUGGGAUUUGGCGCCUUUUCAGUCAUUCUGGCGGGUUAUAUGGAUCCUGGAAAUCCAAUCACUAAUGUCGUGAUUCGCAUGUGGGGUUACAAUAUCGACGAGCAGGCUGAGAGCUUCAUUGGAGAUCAGAAGAUCGCGCAUUACUCUCGAAUUCCGCAGAAGGCAGCUUUCCGGGCUCAGUGUCUGGCGACAUUGAUCCAAUGCUUCUGCUCUGUGGGUGCAGUCGAGGCUUUGUUCAGUUCAGUCGCCGAUUUUUGCAGUACGACUCAGAAGGAUAAAUUCGUGUGUGCUUUCCCACGCACAGUUUAUUCGGACGCGAUCAUGUAUGGUAUCAUUGGUCCACAGAGAGUUCUUUCAGGCCUUUAUCCUGCUCUUAAAAAUGCGUUUUGGAUUGGCGCAGCCCUCGCGGUUCCGUUUGGACUUUUGCGCUUGAAAUAUAGGAAUAAGUGGACGUGGUUUGAUCUUCCUCUCAUUGGUUACGGCACGAUUUUCUGGGGUCAGACAUACAAUCUGACUUACUACAUUCCUGGCUUCUACUUUUCCUUCUUCUUCAUGUGGUACUUGCGCAAACGAUAUACCGGUUGGUGGUCAAAGUACAACUAUAUUCUUACGUCCGGACUGUCUGCUGGUGUUGCUUUUGGCGGAGUCAUUAUCUUUGCAGCAUUACAGUAUCCUCAGGUGAACCUAUCGUGGUGGGGAAAUGACGUGUAUGCGGCAGGAGUUGAUUAUGAGCGGACAGCCUCUCUUUUGGAUAUUCCUGAGGAGGGAUUUGGACUUCCUAUUGGAUCAUUUGAGUAAACGUCGUCAUGACACGAAUAUAUUCUUCUUUAUAAUCUGGAUCUGUACCCGUAUCUGUACCUAAGUAGAUCUGAUGUUAUAACGACAACGUCAUAAUAUCGACGUCAUGACGCCUUUCCUUUUCACUCGAUUUGUAAAAAUAAAGAUCUCAAACAGUGCGCGACCAAUGCAGUUAGUUUUUUGCCGUUGACGAUUGAGGGUAGACAGGACGCGUCAGACCGUUUGGUUGGCUCUAAAUACCAAAUGCUAGAAUCAAACGGCCUGGCUAUGACGUCAUAUAGUGUGUCCCGUUAUCUCUAGCUCUAGAGCAUUUACCAUCCCCGCUGAAGUGGUCAGA